AUGGGAAGAAAGCUCCUGCACCUGCUGGUUUACCUACUCAUCAUCCUGAAGGAGCCCAACAUGCCGGAAGCUAAUGCCGUCGUCUGCGGCUGUAAACCAUCAUGGAGAUCAUAUUACUGCCGUCGUAAUGAAGGCCUGACCAGCAUCCCUCAGAAACUCCCAACAUCCAUCUCGAAAUUGUUGUGCCUGGAACAUAACAAGAUAAGUAAGAUUGAAGAUGGCGCACUUGCUAAUCUGCCCCGGCUAGGAGCCUUGUACCUGAAUGACAACCAGAUAACUACCAUUCAUUGCGAUGCAUUUGCUUAUCUGCCCUGCCUAUAUUCCCUGGACCUUCGAAACAACCAGAUAACUACCAUCCAUUCUGAUACAUUUGCUAAUCUGCCCCAGCUACAAUCGUUGUGCCUGAAAAAGAACAAGAUAACUACCAUUCAUUCUGAUACAUUUGCUAAUCUGCCCAAGCUACGUUUCUUGUCGUUGUACGACAACCAGAUAACCACCAUCCCUUCUGAAUGGGCAGGGCCAGGCUAA